AUGCUUAUUCUCCCUCGUUCUAUACCAACUUCUUGUCGCUCUGAGACGGCGACAAGACAAGAACACAGGAAUUACGUGCCCUUAACAAUUACCAUGUCGAAUCAUCAAAUUCCCUUCAAGCUCCUCGAAAUCACCAUCAUUUCAGCACAAGACCUGGCCCCCGUGUCCAAAAUGCUCCGCACAUUUGCAGUUGCAUAUGUACAUCCUGAUCAUAAAUUAACGACAAAGGUGGAUCACAAAGGGCACACGAAUCCGACAUGGAAUUACAAGGUUGUCUUCCUCGUUGAUGAUGCAUUCCUUAAAUCCGAAAAUCCAGCUGUCACAAUCGAAAUCUAUAAUGUUGCAUGGUUGCGCGACCUUCCUAUUGGGACAACCCAUCUUCCCAUCAGCAAUCUUUUGCCCCCCCUCGUGCAGAAAAAUCAAUGCUCACGGCAGGUUGCGCUUCAAAUUUGCCGUCCAUCAGGUCAUUUGCAAGGAAUCCUGAAUCUUUCUGUCCACGUGAUAGACAACAGUGUCCUGGAUGAAAUCCUCAGCAGCGAAUUAAGUAUUUCGACAAUUAGGAACAAUGAUGCAGAAUUGUAUGAUCAGAUUGAGGAAGAAAACAAAAAUCGCAUCCAGGAGGGGUCAGAAAAGAAUUCUAGGAUCGAAAUAUCACCCAAGAAUUCGAGUUUCUCUCCAUUUUCCAAAAAGAUUAUAAAACUGAAUCCAUCAGAACCUGAUCUGCAGGCUGAAACAAAGAGUUUUGUUGCCUCCAAUGCCUCCUUUUAUUCUGUGAUGCGGCCAUUGCCAUCAGAGGUGGCAGCUUAUUUGAAGAAAGGAUUAUAUGCGGCAGAAGGGGACGAAUAUGGGAGCUCAGUUUUCGAAAACUGGUCACUUCCAGGUGAGUCUAAAGAUGGAAGGAUUAAAUCACUAAGCAUUGAAGGGAGAAAAGAUGAUCAAAUUCUUUUGAUAAGUGACAUUGAAGGUAAGAAGAAAUCCAAAGGGCUUCAUCGAAGAGGACGUUCUAAUGGAAAAGGACUGUUUUCUUGUUUUGCCAAUUUCGUUGGAUUUCAGUUCAGCUUCUUUUGCGGGUCCAAGAGAAUGAAGAAGAAUAGCAAGAAUAGAACAAAAUUUUCCUUUUAG